CAACUUAUGUGCGGACGUGGCUUGCUCUCAUUAAUCCCCCCUCCCCCCGAUUUUCAGAGUGGGCCUCCGUCCCCUCUAAUCAAAAUUUGCCAAGUAAUCCAGUACGUAACUUUACGUAGAUAUUUUACGUAAAUGUAGCAAAGCUCCUCUAACACAAUGCACGGCCGGGUCACGUGUUGACUAGACACAGCGCGCCUGCCAGAUCGGGAGGAUGCCACCGACGGUGCGCACGAGGAACACCUUCGCCGUCCAACUCCCCGCCGGCGUGCCGCUCCGAGAGCCAGGCGAGAGCAUCCCGCUCUCCCCAUUCGACGCGUACUGGGUCGCGCUACCCCCGGUCCGCCGCGUUUUCCUCUUCGGCCCUCCACCGGGUCCGGGCAUCCCGUUCGCCGAAGUCGUCCGCGCCCUCGCUUGUUCGCUCGAGAGGGUGAUCCCGGCCUUCCACCCCUUCGCCGGUGUGCUUACCUACUCGCCGGAGUCGCGCGCCGUGUCCAUCGUCCUCCAGGAGGGCGCCUGCAGUGUCGCGUUCGUCGAGGCAGAGGCGGACAUCAAGUUCGAGAGGCUCGUCGAGGAGGGGACUGAGCAUGACGAGGACGCGCUUUUGCAGCUCGUGCCGGACAUCAAACGGGACGAGCUUCCGGCGCCCGUGAUGGCGGUGCAGGUGACGGAGUUCGUCGGAGGCGGCGUGGCUGUGGGCGUGACGGUGCACCACGCGGUGGCCGACGGUCGCGGCUUGUGGGCGUUCUUGGAGAUGUGGGCAGCCGCUGCCGGGGUUCAGGGGGGCGGCCGGGUCGCUACCAGUCCAAUUCCUACGCCGCUGCACGACCGGAGGCUUGUGAGCUUCCGCGGCGACGAGCAGCUGACCAGGCUAUUCUUGCUGCAGGUCGCGCCGGACUUGCCUAUUAUUCGGCAGCAAAAUCCCGCGGCCGAACAGGGAAGCCCUCUGAGCCGGCGAACCUUCACGUUCGCCGCACCUACCGUGAGGCUCCCCAAGCAGCGUCUCACCGUGGCCGGCACUGGCGGCGGCAAGGCCCCGUCGACCUUCGCUUCGCUGGCGGCGCACGGAUGGGUGUCCAUCGCGCGGGCCAAGGGCUUCACCGACGACGCCCUGGUCUUCGCCUUCUUCCUGGCCAACUGUCGGGCCCAUAUGUCGCCGCCGGUGCCUGGUGCAUACUCCGGCAACUGCGUCGCCGGCUGCCUGGUCUCGCUACGCGGGUCGGAGCUCACAGGGCCCAGUGGGCACGCCCGGGCGGUCCAGGCCAUCGCGGAGGCGGUGACGGAGGUGAAGCGCGACCCGUUGGGUGACAGCACCAACUGGCGGAGCAAGUUCGCAGCCAUACCGGCCGGCCGCGCGGUCAUUCUCGCCGGGUCCCCGUGGUUCCCCGCAUAUGGCGUAGACUUUGGGUUCGGCAAGCCAGCGAGGGUGGAGCUGGCGUCCAUGAACCACGACGGCGAGAUGGUGCUCGUCGCCGGGAGGGAAGCUGGGUCGGUGCAAGCGUCCGUGGCGAUCACCCAAGACAAAAUGACCGCCUUCCGCGAUAUGUUCGUGCUCGACUGUACCCAUGCUAUGGCAGUAACUGAAUCCCAUUAGUUCUAUCUUCUGAAUCCUCUCGCACUCGGCCAUGCUAUUUCACUUCCUGCCUGUGUGGUCUUCAAUAAGGACAAAUUAAUAAUAAGUAAUAAGGAUACUAAAAUC